GUCAGCUGACUGUGAAGUCUGUGAAGCUGGUGGUCAUUGGCUCGCAUAUGGGAAGCAACAUGGAACCCCUGUCCUUGGUGGAAGCCUGCCUCAAGAAGGCCUCAGUGACUGUGGACACCACGGUGCUCGGGACCACCUACCCUUUUCCAGAGAUCAUGUGCGAAUCCUUUGGCCAUUGCGCCAAGCAAGUCCACCUAGACCAGGCAGUUCGACUGCUGGUACAGCAGAUGUACCGACCUACAUGGGAGCCGGCACAGUUGCUGGACUUGCUGUCGAAGGGCUUGCAAGACGCUGCAUUGAUUCAGUCGGACUUACUGCUUUGUGCACAGCCGAUGGCCUUGUGUUCCUUCUUGCGUAGUCUCACCGAGAAGCCCAUCCUGCUGUAUCAAGCCUUCCCUUUGGUGGGCGCCACACCGAUGGCCUAUCGACACCUACUCUUGGUGCAGCUGCGUGAAGUGCAAGUGGCCAACCCCCGACGCUCCGCUUUGGUGGCCUACUCGGAGUUCCUGGCGCAGCAAGUACAACGACAGACGGGCCAAAGGCCCUUGUGCUUGCGGCCGCACUCUCUGUAUGCUCUAGGCGCCGGCCGCUAUCAGCCAGACCGCGAGCACCCGCGCAUCCUGCUGGGACGUAUGGCUGGCUGGGCACGGAACAGCGCGGGCGCCGCGGUGCGCCUGAUCGAGGCCUUUGCGGAGGACAUGCUGCGCCCGGGACAGCUGCGGCUGGUCUUCUUAGGCCUCCACCGCGAGAGCACCGACCUCGUCGCCGGCCUCAGCCGCCCCUUCGGCUACGCCGAGCUGCGGCGCUACCGCGGCGCCGUCGCUGGGCACACGGAUCGAUCGAGGCGCAGCACGCCAUAAAAGAACCAGAUAAAACAAGUAAACAGACACGACCCGUCUGGGGCUGCCAUAAUAGGACUGCCGAUCAAUUGGGGUGGUUGACUGGGGGUCAAUGUAGG